UUUGCUCUAUUAAGUCGUUUCUUACACCAAACUUUGGUUUAAUUACAGUGCAAUGAAAAUUAUGCUGGGCAAGUUGCCGCGACCAUGGAUCGUCGACGAUGCCAAGGAUGAUGGGUACACAGCACUGCACCUGGCAGCGCUGAACAACCACGCCGAGGUAGCAGAACUACUGGUCCGAGGAGGCGCGAGACCGGACCUUCAGAAUGCCAACUUGCAAACAGCUCUACACCUCGCCGUCGAACGACAACACACACAGAUCGUCCGCUUACUCGUCGCACAUGGAGCGAAUCUCAAUAUAUGUGACAAGGAUGGCGACACUCCGCUACACGAGGCGCUGCGCCACCACACGCUGCAACAGCUACGUCGUCUACAAGACGCGCGCGAUGCAGCGCUACUCACGGGUCUCGCGCACGCACACGAUAAGAAAUCUUCCGCUUCCAUUGCAUGCUUCCUUGCUGCACAUGGAGCUGAUCUAACUAUCAAGAAUAAGAAAGGUCAGACACCCCUAGAUCUAUGCCCCGAUCCGAAUCUUUGCAAGACAUUGACGACAUGCCGCAAAGAAGGAGCCAGUUUGGGUGGCGAGGGCACUCCGGAGAGCGAGCCGUGCUCAUUGAAUGCAGCGACUGCAAGCACAUCGGGCGCGACGGCCGCGUCACCCGCGCCCGCAGAGAGCGCCGCCGCCCUCGCCACUCCCACACAGCCUGCGUCCUCUGACCCCACGGCAGACGAGUGCCUCGUUUGCUCCGAUGCCAAACGAGAUACACUCUUCCGUCCGUGUGGACACAUUUGCUGCUGUAGCGUUUGUGCAGCUAGGGUAAAGAAGUGCCUGACGUGUCGCGCGUGCGUGGUGUCGCGGCAGCGCGUGGGCGAGUGCGUGGUGUGCUCGGAGGCGGCGGCGGCCGUGCUGUGUCGGCCGUGCGGCCACGUGUGCGUGUGCGUCAACUGCGCGCCGCUCAUGCGCAAGUGUGUGGAGUGUCGCACGCCGCUGCAGCCGCCCCCCGCGCCCGCGCCCCCCGCGGGCCCCGCGCCCCCCGCGCCCCCGGCCGCGCUGCAAGCACCCGCGCCACAUAAAAUUGACUUGGAGAAGGAGAGUAGCAGCAACCUGGCGCAGGUGCAAGUGAACAAGGGGCAGCCAGUACCUGCGCAGUCGGCUCCGCACUAUAUGAACAACGGCUCUCGGUUUGCAGCGGCGCCAGCCCUGGGCGCCAGCAACGCCCACGCGACGCUGGCGCCCCCUGCAACCACUGCAGCGCCCGCGCCCGCCGCGGCUGAUGUACAGAAACUGCAGCAACAGCUCCAGGACAUCAAAGAACAGACGAUGUGUCCGAUCUGCCUGGACCGGCUGAAGAACAUGAUCUUCCUGUGCGGGCACGGCAUGUGCCAGAUGUGCGGCGACCGCAUCACGGUGUGCCCCAUCUGUCGCAAGCAGGUCGAGAAGCGGAUCCUGCUCUACUGACGCACUGCGGCCCGCUCUACUACAAGGCUGAUAGUAUAAUGGCUUACUUAACAACUUAUAUUUAUUACAAUCUUAUAUAGUUCAAAGAAUAUCAUUAUUAUUUUAUUACAAAUAAAUACGAAUCGCGACAAUGUCGCAAAAGCAGCUUCUCAUUAUCUCGGAACUCUUUUACAGGUUCAAAUUACUUAAUAAUUUUUAGUAAAUUCUGCAACUAAAGAUACAAUCCUCAAAUAGUGUUGCUUACAAGUUUAUUGUUACGUUAUGUUAAGCCUUAUAUAUUUGUUAUUUUUGUAUAAUUAAUUGAAUCGGUUUAAUUCAUAGUACUUAAAAUCACGUGUAACACAAAAUAUGAAUUUUCCAUUUUCAUGCAUUUAAAUACCCCUUGGAAAUAAGUUGAAAUAAUUCGUACUAUGCAAUUAUUCAAUGCAUUUUGUGUUUGUGAUAAGGGUCUUUAGUGCAAUGUGAAACACAUUGCCAGUGAACUAACUCAUUAGGCUGACCCCACGUUAGGCGCGCGAUCCUUAGGCGUGUGCCUGCGGCCGCGUCGCUCAUACGCCCGAGGAUCGCGCGCCCUUAUGUGGGGAGGAAAGGAAAUAAUUUGAUGUUUGAAAUGCCUAGAACAAUUUGUUACUCGACGAAGCUUGUUCUUUAUGAAUGCGAGCUAUUUACUAAUGUAUUGUAUUGUUAUUGCUAGUGCCUAUAGCUACUAUUUAAUGUUACAAAGGGCUUUUUGUAAUCCCACACGUUAUUCAAUGAUAGAAUACUUGCAUAACCAAUAUUAAAUAGUUUAUACCUGUGUAAUUAUUCUUAUUAAAAUAAAUAUUAUUGUUCGAAA